AUGGAUGAGUUGGCCAUUCGAGACCUGGACGACAACGAGGACUGGCAGAACAGCUGGAAGGAACAUUACGGCGCGUUGACGGUGGGACAUCGACUCAUUAUCAAACCUUCAUGGUUGGAUCUGGAGCCAGGCGAGGCUGAGGGGCGCAUUGUCAUUGAACUUGACCCUGGAAUCGCCUUCGGCACCGGCUAUCAUCCCACCACCUACACCUGCAUGGAGGCCCUGGAAGAACAGGUUCGCCCCGGAAUGAAAAUUCUGGACCUGGGCUCAGGCUCCGGAAUUCUGACCAUCACGGCGCUGAUGCUGGGGGCGCAGUCGGUGGUUGCACUGGACAUAGACGGUCAGGCCGUGACGGCAUCAAGGCAGAACUUUCGCCGGUUGCGUCUCCAGGACCGGGUCACCCUCGCCAAGGGUUCCGUCCCGCAUCCCGCGGCUGCUGAAAAUACGAUCGAUUUGGCCGUCGCCAACAUCUCCGCGCGCGGUGUGGCUGACCGGUCGCCGUUCAUCCUCCAAUCCCUUCGCCCCGGAGGAAUGCUUGUCGCAUCCGGACUGCUGGCUACCCAGCGACCGGAGGUCGACGACGCCGUACUCGAGUUGGGAUUCACUCCGGAGCUGGAGUGGCCCCGGGAGGAGUGGGUGACGUUGGGAUACCGCGCCCCGGCUGGCUGA